UAAACUGAAGUCUUCGGUGUAACAUGAUGGCGGCAUCAGAAACCCUCUCAGGGACCGUGUUCGAAGUGUAAAUGAAUUAUUUCUUUCAAAACGAGCCACGUUGAAGGUGUAAAAUGCUCGGUUUUCGAUGUUAUUUCGCUUAUUUUACGGUAUCUGCGUUCACAUGCAUCUGGAUUUAUGCUGCUGAAACUGAAACAAAGAAACUGGAGCCCGAAGGACACUCAGAAUGUGCCAAAGGCGAACAACCGUUGCCCAAGUUCUCCUCUGAACCAAUGACGAACGCCGAAUGUGAGUUGUAUUCAUCAAUAAAAUGUUGGCCAUUGUUGGUUCCCUUCAACAAAUGCGUAAUCCUCGAUGAUAUCGAUUUUGACGUAAAAUGCACCGCUGAGAAGAUGUCGAUGGAGCUAAAGCGGACCGCAACCAUCAUGGCUAAUCUCCCCUUGCGACCUUCCGGGAUCGAGGUGUUUGACGCGGUGACGGUGAUGCCCACCGAUAUCAAGCCCAUCCGCAAGCAGAUCCUCGUAUACUAUCUGCGCGAAUGUAUGAGCCCUCGAUCAACCGGCAAACUUAAUGAUCUGCGUCUUAGCAACCUGUUGCAGUACAGCUUGUAUAACUGCUCAAAUUUGCUCAUACGAAAGCAUGAUUUUCAGCAUUCCUGCAGUCUGAAAGUAAUCACGUUCGGUAAUUCAACAAUCGUAACGCUGCAAGAAAACACAUUCACCAAUUUGCCGGCGCUGCGUCUACUCUCGCUGGAUUAUGUAAGUAAUGCGGAAAACAAUGUCGUUUUCAGUAAGGAAUGGAGUGAUUAUCUGUACCGGCUGCAUUGUGACUGCGACUGGGUGUGGUUUCGAAAAUGGUGGAAUAAUAACAAUACUGCGAUAAUCAAGAGGGCCGAUUUCAUUAACGUCGGGGAACUGUUUAGUGUGUAUAGCGAAUAUACCGAGAAAUUUAUGAGUGAAUGGUAUGUGCAGAAAAAUCUCUAUUUACCGGUGGACUGUGCUGCGAAUCCACAUCCAACUGAACUGGACUCUAUCAACUUCAAUCAGACUGAAUUCUCAAUUCACGAAAGCUUCUGCUGAAUGUGCUGCAGUUUUAUUACCCCCAGUGUUAGUAUAACAACUUGUAUUACAGGAAUUUGGCACCAUACUGCCUAAAAUCAGUGUCGUUUUUUUGUUGUUAGCAAAUAAGGAGAUCUGUAUUUGUGCAAUGAUAAUCAUGGAUGCAUUAACAGUUUGUGUUAACCAGGAAGAUCUGA